CCUGCUGGUGUCGUUGCUGUGCCACAUAUCCGCCGUUCUCUUCUCUCUUUUUCUUUUUCUUUCCACGAAACCGGCGCCAUUUUACGAACGCCUGCUGCCCUGCUGUUGCGGCCUCCGCUUUUUUCCACAGGACGCAGGGAGGUUACUGCGAGACGGGAGGUUAAAGAGGUCGGAUUUUCAAAGUGUGAAGCAGAAUCUGAGGCAGAUCAUUCUUCUGAUUGUUACUCAUCAGGAUCCGGUGAAGAGACCGAUGCUGAAGUGCCGGACGUGGCAGAUCCUUCGGCUUGUAAUUCCAACCUACUGCAAGACGCACAAAAUGGUAAGGGCUUUUCGCAGUUGACUUCAGUUAUUGGAAACAUCAAUAGUGUUGCAAAUAGUAGCAGGAGGGGUCCCAGAGAAGCGGUUGAUAUUGGCCGGAACUGGAAACCUGUCAAUUUUGGUGAGUACCAAGGUUUGGGCGAAAUCUUGCCCAUGCAGGCCUCUACUGUGGGUCCCGCUUCUUCUCCGCCCUCUUCGAAGCAGCAGACGGGCACUGAUAUAUCAGUAUCACCUCCUUUGGCGACUGCAGCUGUUGACAAACUCAUGAAAGACGGCAAUGAAAGCGACUCUGAUGUUAGGAGGGUUCCAGAGCUAUCUGCGAAGACUAGUGGAGGGGUUUCUGGGUCGCAUACACAAGAUAAAGGUCUCACUGGAUCUUCUCAUCGGAAAAGAGGGGGAGCUUCUGCUGAUAAAGAACACAAGCGUCUGAAGAGGCUGCUUAGGAACCGUGUUUCAGCUCAGCAAGCCAGAGAACGAAAAAAAGCAUAUCUCGGUGAAUUGGAAGUUAGAUCAAAGGAGUUGGAGCAUCGAAAUGCAGAAUUAGAAGAAAGAGUGUCCACCCUACAAAGGGAGAACCAGAUGUUGCGUCAAAUCGUCAAGAACACUGCUCUGAAGAAGACUUAUAGUGGUGGUAACGCUGAGGAUGGUGCGCAAUGAUGGAAUAUUCGAGAGAUGUGUGGCCUACCGUUUUUUGUUAUUCAUAAUCAACCAUUUAGUAUGUAAUGCAGGAAGUUUUUAUUUCAAGUAUGCCCCGCUUCACAUUAAGUUCAAAAUAAGUUUGGUAAUCGAAGGUCAGAAUUCUCUCAGCGUUGUCCUUCAUUCCAUCAACUUCCGUUGUUUUAUGGAAUGACCGUUGGAUGCUUUGUUGCUGUUACAAUCGCAAGAACUAUAUUUCCAUUGAAGUCAUAUUUUUGAAGCAAUUCUCAAUAACUGUAUGAAGGCCAUGGUUCAUUAUAACCAAGCGAUUCUUGAUAGCAUAAGUCAUUGUAGUUUUUCGCACAAUGAACGCUAAAAAAGGACUGAGGUUGGGAUAUGUCUUCUAUGUGUUUUAAACAAUCUAU